AUGCUACCAAACCCACACACACACACACACACACACAGCGAGGCAGGCGCAGAGGAGCGGCGGCAGCAGCAGCGGGGACGUAAAACGAAACCUCUGAAGCCCGUGUGUGCGUGCGUGCGUGCGUGUGAGUGAGUGUGUGUGAAGAUGAUUAAUUAGUAAAAAUAAAGCUCUCGGUAACUGGACGCCGCAGCUGAUCUGAGCUCGGUGCUCAGCAGAGGACACCGGCGCAUGUGGAGGUUAUGUUAUUAAGAGAAGGCCAGUUUUAAUAGGCUGCAGCGUCAGUGAGGCAGCUCUGUGCGCACUGGAAGCCCGGGAUUCAAUUGGUGGAACCAGGAGGGGAGCCCCGGCCUUUUCCACUGCAGGAGGAGCAGCGGAGUUAAGGAAACCGAGGGAGAGAGAGAGAGAGACAGACGCCGCUGCCAAGACAGCAGCAGCCUGCGCAGUUUCGAAAACGGCACAGCCUCCUCUGCUGCACGGCAUGAGGGACUUCACCCAAACUGCGCACCGACUCUACAGGAUGCACCGCUGCAGCUGCGUGCUCUGUUAAAGAGACUCAAGAGACGCAAACCUUGUUCCGGACCUGUGCAGGAAUUUGACAGGAGGAAUUAGGCCUAACCGGUCGCUGACCACAGCUGCGACAUUUCCCCGCUGAGAGUUGAUCAUCCCUCCCCUCCACAGAGAGAGAGAGGGAGAGAGGGAGAGAGAGAGCCCUGCGCUGUGGCCUUGUAGCGGACAUGGGAAAUGUAAACAGUAGUCGGGCUGGAUUUUAAACUACGCACACGUCCCACGUCCUCCUCCCGCCUCCUCCUCCACCUUCUCCUCCCGGGGCGUCCGAGAUGGAGACGGAGAGGGUCAAGCCGGAGCAGGAGGGAGACGCAGAACCGCCCAUGCACAGCGUCCACGGGACCAACCGGAUCAGACCGUCCUCCUACCGGGCCCUGCGCAGCGCCGUGUCCAGCCUGGCCCGCAUAGACGACUUCAGCUGCGAGAAGAUCGGCGCCGGGUUCUUCUCCGAGGUCUUCAAGGUGCAGCAUCGUGUGUCGGGUCAGGUGAUGGCUCUGAAGAUGAACAUCCUGGCCAGUAACAAGGCCAACAUGCUCAGGGAGGUCCAGCUCAUGAACAGACUAUCGCACCCCAACAUACUCAGGUUUAUAGGAGUGUGCGUCCAUGAGGGGCAACUCCACGCCCUCACAGAGUUCAUCAACGGCGGUAACUUGGAGCAGCUGCUGGGCAGCGACGUGUACCUGUCGUGGAGCGUGCGGCUCAGCCUGGCUCUGGACAUCGCUCGGGGACUGCAGUACCUGCACAGCAAGGGCAUCUUCCACAGGGACCUUACCUCCAAGAACUGCCUGGUGCGCUGGGAGGGCUGCGUGUGCUCGGCCGUGGUGGGAGACUUUGGCCUGGCGGAGAAAAUCCCAGAUUACAGUGAGGAAGAGGACCAGGAGCCUCUGGCUGUGGUCGGCUCCCCCUACUGGAUGGCCCCGGAGGUGCUCAGAGGAGAGGUGUAUAAUGAGAAGGUGGAUGUGUUUGCAUACGGGAUCAUCCUGUGUGAGAUUAUUGCGAGGAUACAGGCCGACCCCGACAUCCUGCCGCGCACUGAGGACUUUGGUUUGGAUGUGGAGGCCUUUCAGCAGAUGGUUGGAGACUGUCCUCCUGAGUUCCUGGAACUGGCCAUCGCCUGCUGUAAUAUGAAUGCAAAGGCCCGUCCAUCCUUCUCCCAAAUCGUGGUGGAGCUGGAGAGGAGACAGGCUGAGAGGAAACAGAAGGACGAAUCAUCAGUCAAAGCUGUUUCUCCAGCGAUCGGCUCUCUACGAAGGCGAUCCCUCUGCCUCCCAUCAGAUCCUCGUCUCUCCCGCAGCAAAUCCGACAUGCUCCACCCUCCGGACACGCCCCCCUCUGUUGCCUUGGCAACUCCUGCUCGCAUCAACCCCUUCUCUCGGAGGGAGGACCUCAAGGGCGGCAAGAUCAAGCUGUUCGACACUCCCAGCAAGUCUGUCAUCUCCCUGACCUUCACCCUUCCCCCUCUACCAGACUGCGAUGACCCCUCCACGUCCGAGACAGACAGCUGUGACCAACCCAGGAGGCACAGGCGCUGCCACUCACUGCCGUGUACGCCUCCUCCGCACCUCACAUCAGCGCCGAACACUGUCCUCACGGAGGAGGACUCCGCGUCCGAGGUAGACAUUGUAAACGGUGAAACAAACGAAACGAGUGAAGAAGACAGACUGUUGGCAGAAGAGAAGGAGAUCAGGGAGGGCGGCGAUUCAGGUCUUCCUCUGUCCCUUGAACCCCUGUCGCUGGACCUGCUGGACCAAGAGAAGGAGGAGGAGGAGGAGGAGGGGGGGGAAGGGGAGGAGGAGCCCAUGGACUGCACCAGCUCCCCAGACACACAAGACAGCACUUCAUCUCCUUACUCCAAACUCUCCCCGCCUCCGUCCCAGUCCUCGACUCCCCUCCAAUCCUCCACACCUCCCUUGUCAAACGGCUGGGGGUCUGCAAUCUCUAACGGGCCCCCGUGCCUGCCUCCCCUCUCUCAUUUGGACAACAACAAUGUGGUUGUGAGUCGACCCUUGGGUUGGAGCGCCACCACGAGCCCUCCCACCUCAACCAACAACAACGGCUACCACUCCCCUCUCAGCGACCCUGCCGGUUCAUCCCCGUUUGGCUCCAGCAGCGGACACUCUCUGGACCAGGAGGAGGUGAUCUCUUGUCCCGGCUGCUGCCUCGCCGGCCUUCGCUUCCCCUCAAUGUGUCUCAGAGCUCCACCUCGCAGAAACCCCUACAAGAACUUGAACGGGGACCACGCAGCCUCACGUGGGCUGCUCUGUCCCGGACCCAAGGGCCUGCCGCCCUCUCCCACCCCAACGACCACCACCACCAGCCUGGAGCCGGGACUCGCCUUGCCGGGGGCGCAGACAUAAAAAAACAAAAAACAACCCAGCUUCUCAACACCAAAUACAGGCAGAAAAAAGUAGUGUGUAAACUCUGCACCAAAAGCUCUUCCCUGGAAAUUAAGUGGGUCUUCUUAGAAAUUUGCACAGAUUUUAACUCAGCAAUACCCUGCUUGUUUUCCAGACACACUUUUUGGUGUAGAGCAGGCUCAGAGUGUCCAGAUUGGUUUCGCUAAAACACACUCCGGAUGACUUUCUCCAUGAAACCUGCGGGACGAGGAACUGGUGUCUUUGCUGGCUACUUGUUGCAUGUCGCCCUCUGCUGGGCUGAGGGCGACAUGAACUCGGGACGUCAGCGGUUUGCUUGUGUAGAGCUGACUGAUGAUGGGCCCCGUCCAGAACUGUUCAGCAUGUAAACACUCCAGUUUGGAGCCCCAGUUGGCUAGAUCCUGUAUAUUCGCAGAUGUAAAGAUUCCCUUGACUGAUGAUGAUGAUGAUGAUGAUGAUGAUGAUGAUGAUGAUGAUGUUGAAAUGAGGAAUGUUAAGCUUAGUAUUAUUACUGCUGCAAUGAUUUCUUUGAUGUUUGGUGCUGUUUCUGAAUGAACAGGCAGUUUUGCUUUAAUGUCUUUAAUUAUCAAGAGGUGUAUGGCGCACUGCAGAGCUGUGUGUGUGGGUGCGGGGUGUGUGUGUGUGUGUGUGUGUGUGUGUGUGUGUGUGUGUGUGUGUGUGUGUGUGUGUGGGGUGUGGACGUGUUUGUGUGUGUGUGUGUGUGUGUGUGUGUGUGUGUGUGUGUGGUGUGAAACGUGUGUGUGAGACGAAGGGUAAGAGAGUGUGGGCUGUACACCGUUCUUUCGUUGCUGUAUGAUCUCUAUUGGCCCUUCGGGUUGCCUGGUUUAAGCACUUCAAACUGUAUUACUGUUAAUAAGGAAAAUAUUGAUGUCAUUAUUACUUUUGGGAAUGAACGGUCAAAGACCUGCUUAAGAGAUGUACAGAUUCUUAUUAUUUAAAGAUGGCAUUGAAUAAAAAGAUAGAAUGCA